CUCCCGAAACUUCCUCCUCCUCGUCCGCCCUGGACAUGGCAGCAGCUGCGGCUGAGGAGGAAGACCAGGGUCAACAAGACCCUGCGAAAAAGUCCGUGGCGAAACCACCGGCUGAUGCGGUUCACAAGACCAGCACAGCCCUCCAAGAGGUGGAAGAUCUCCUGAGAGACAGCUUCCCUGACCUCGCCAACAGCAUGUCCGACUCGAGAGUGGCUGAGCUCUACGCGUAUGCGACGUCAACAAUGGAAGAUAGUCGUCGUCGGUCCUCCUACGACUCCCCCACGGCGAAAGCGAGGCGAGGAUGGGAUGGAAAAGACAUUCCACCAAAACGCACGUCUCAGAAGAAACUGCUCCUUCUUGAGAAGCCAAGGACGGGAGACUCGGUGGACGACCUCUUUCCAGAUCUCCCGUCAAAGGACGGACUGGUCAAACCAGACCCUGUCAAAGUGGAAUCCUUGAAACAUGCAAUUCGACUCCUUCGGCAAAGGAUUCAAACGCGAGAGGUCAGCGAGUUGCAGAAGCUCCACUAUUUGCUUCGGACGACAGUUCAGCCCGGCGUGCACUCUGACAUUUACUGCAAUGAGUUGACCGAGUUUGAGAAGCAGCUCAAGUCCGUCAAGUACUGGACCGCCCCUCCGGAUCCUAGACUAAAGAAAAAGGGAAAUGGAUCCUUGGAGCAGAAGGGGCAAGAUUUUGUCUCACUUUAUAGCGAGGAAAACGAGACUCCGAGGAUUCCAAAGUCGUCCACUGGAGGAAGGAGCACCACGGAUGACGAAGGGGCCGUGUCGUCCACCGCCUUCGAAACGGACACAACUGUGACGACGGGCUUCGAAGCGACCGACGACUAUGACGUGUACCAAAACCAGAUUCGUGCUGCUUAGAAGAGCCUGUCACAUCCAUCUUCAUCUUAUCUUUCCUUCGGUCCGGCAAUGUUUGUGUGCAAAGUAAAAGUCUCACAAUAAAACGUGUUAUUGAUUGACCAGGAUUGCCUUUCUAAGUACAUACGCUCCGGACACGGCAAACUUUUGAACCAAUAUUCUCUGCUUAAACAAGGAAAGUAUUCUAGACGCAUUUGUACACAACUAGAUUAGCAUUUCACCAUUGGAACCAAUUUUGCUUUCCUCUUUCUCCCCGAAA